AUAUCCAUAAAUCAUCAUUCAUUCUACUAAUGGAUCAAGUUUCAAGCUUUUUGGAGAAUAUUCUAACGGUAGACAAUGAGGAAGAUGUAUCCAAGCGAUCAUCAAAGCGUUAUAGUGGACUAGUUGAUAUGGCUAAGAAGCCCAAUUCCUUGUUGGUUGAUAAAUUGAUUGAAAGCCUAAUAUCAAUGAUCAUACCAGUUUAUGACGAAAAGAAAAUUAUCAACGAUAGAAUGGUGAUGCAGAAGACGAGGAAACCGCUAUCCAUGAAUACAAUGACCAAUAACGCCAUCAUGUUGAAUGCCAGAUUAACUAACGCUUUCAUACUUUUUGAUAACAUCAUCAAAAUCUUGAAUUGGCAGAACCCUUACUCCACUUUAGGUGUCUUAUUAAUAGUCACCCACUUGAUCUUGAAUCCUUACUUGGUAUUGGCCCUUCCGUUGACGUUGGUUGUCAAUAACAUAUUGGUUCCUCAUUACUUAAUAAUUCAUCCUCCUGAUAUCUCGGUAUUAGAGCAUAACCAAAUUCCGGAUAAUGGACCCACACUCAACAAGCCCCAUAUUCCUGGACCAGUACCACAGUUCAGUCAAGAGUUCUUGCUCAAUUUUACCGAUUUACAGAAUCAUAUGGUUUUGUAUAUUUACGGUUAUGAUUUUGCUAUUUGGUUAACUAAUGACUAUUUAUACUUCAAGAAUGAGGACGUCAGUUCGUUAGUAUUUUUGGUGUUGUUGACAUUGAUAGGAGCAAGUUUAUAUAUACUGCCCAUUUUGGUGCCAAUUGUCCUUACCCACUUCAAAUACCUAAAGGUUGGACUCAUUGCAAUUGUAUGGGUGUUUGGAAUUCUCAGCUAUCCUAGCAAUAGGGAAAUCAUAUUGGAGUUUCUCUUCAAGGAGGAGACUCGGAUUGCUUCUUUGCAUCGUAUGAACUAUAUUGAAAAUCAGUUAGUGAGCAAGUUCAUGGUGCCUAUCAGCAAAGAUGAAACAGUAUCGGAAGCAGUCAAAGUGGUGGAAGUUUUUGAGUUGCAAAAAUAUAACAAGAUUACCAAAUCUUGGGAAGUAAUUGGGUUUGCUAACGAUUUUUAUUCGAUUAACCAUCCUUUAAGAAAACUAAACUCUAACUUGUUCAAGGACGAAGAACUGGAUGAUGGCAUAAUAGAGGCUGAAGAUAAUAUUAAGAUCAACCGGGUACAAAGUGUGGAUCUAGUUAAAUGUGCCAAAAAUUGGACAUUCUUGAAUCCCAAUUGGCUAAUAGAUCUCAAUCCCAAGGUCUGGGUAGAGAAGAAUUUGGUCAAUGAAAUCGUUAAUAUCGAUGAUGAUGAGAAGUGGGUUUAUGACUUUUAUGAUGAAGAUUCUGAAAUCUUCAGGAGAAGAAGGUGGAUAAGAUACUGUAAACGCGAGUCGAGUGCAGACCAUUGACAUAAUUAUAUGUAUUAAAGCUUUCAUAAGUCGUAAAUCGUUAAUGUUGCAUGAAUUCCAUCAAAUCCAAAGUAGUACCUGAAUUUUUCUGCUUCUUUUUCUCUAAAAGCAUAUUCUGCAAAGUGUUAGGUUUUCUCUUUUUCUUAAUUUUAGGUUGCUUGUUCUUGUUCACUUGCAGACCUUGAGAUCCACCUGAAGUUUGAGGUAAGGAUGGAGCUGACAGCGAUUGAGUCUGAUAUUUCUUUGCUUUGUUCGUUGGCAAAUCAAACUUCUGAAGAUGGCGACAGUUCAAACACUUGUAUACUAGUCUUUGUCUGAUGACUCUGACUCUAACGCUAACACCAGGAACACUGAUAUUACCACAAUUCAGGCAUAUUCGAGUACCAUUAGUGAAUGAAUCUGGAUAGUUGAUUUGUUUCUCGCAGUUGAAAGUAUGAAGCUUAAGAGAAUAGACCUUUGACAAGGGAUUUGUUGGUACCGAAUGAGCCAAGUUAAGUAAAUGAAUACUUUUAAGUUGAUUAGAAUUAAGUGACGAGCUCAUAUAUGUUUACUCAACUCUUGUUGCUCAUCUCAAGUGCGCAACCGAAAAGGGACACCCCAAAAAUACCUUCAAGUAUAGAGAAACAGAAACACUGAACCAUCACGCCACAGCAGGCGUGGACCAGCCACUAAGUAGAUGCAUAUUACAGGUCCGAAUUGCCAAAGCGCAAAAGUCGGUCAAUCGGUUAACAUUAAUUCCCCGCCGUACAAACUGUCCACUAGAAUCGUUCAGAAACCUAGUUGUAUAAGGUCCGAAACAAUAGCAGCAAAUGAAAAGGUGGCACUAAGGCAAUAAAUAGCAGCCAAUGAAAUUACCAGUAAUAAGCUCUCCAGUCCUGCGUCUGUGCGCUUAUCGGUUUAUUGGUAUCAACACCAAAUAAAAAACGAUAUGCGAACUCGUUAACUCUUUGGUGUGGCUCUCACGUUUGGAGCCAAUAAGGUAAAGGUGAGUGAAAGAAUAGUAAAUCAGAGCCAUGUAGAGAGACCAGUUGAGGAGGAUGAAGGAGAUAUACCCCAUAUAUAUAUUUGUCAUCUCCGAAGCACUUACACCAAAGCUGCGGUGUUGGACCAAACCCUCAAGUGGGCCCCAGUCGCCCAAUUGAAUACGAAAUGCGAAAUACGGGGUUCACCAAAAUUCGCAAUCACACUAAUGAACCAAUAAGAGCUAUAAGAUUAAUAAUCGCGUGGCAGUUUAUUUUAGAAUUUGUCUGAAAGCAGUUUUUACACGUCCUACUGCAUCACCAUUGAGAGUUCCCGAUAAAUGGGAAAGGUUAAUUUGACCAAUAGCUAGCAUAGCAUUUUCAAUUAUUAAUAUUCGAUCCUUUUGCGGUUAACCGUUUUAUCAUUUAUCGGCUUAUAUUACCACGUAUUUUCACUUUCCCAAUAUAUUUGCCAAUUAAUACCUUCAAGUCGAUCGUUUUUUGAGAAGCUAGCGGAUUACCUAGGAAUACUAUAAUUAUCAUGAUUACAAAAAUGGAAAAGAUAUCCAAAGGAAAAGUGACCAAGUCUUGUGCUAGGUGUAGAAAGCAUAAAACUCGGUGUGAUUCGAUUAUAAGAAAUCCUUUACCAUGUUCAAGCUGUGCAAAGAGAAACCUUGAAUGCUUUUUGGACAUUAUUUCCUCCAACCCAAAGAGAACUUCAAACGAUGUACUCGAGAAAUUGGACAUGGAAGUAAAUCUGUUGAAGGAGUCAGUUGAUCACUUGAUUUACAAAAAAUCUAUUUUGAUAAACUUGUUAAUAAAGCAGAAUCCUUCCAUUUCUGAAAUACAAAACUGCUUGGAGCUUGAUGACUAUGAUAUUAAAGACGAGGAAUUAAGUUCUAGUUCAGGUGAUUUCUCCAUCAGCUCCGAUGUUUCGGUGGCCCCUGUAUCAUUGACCAAAGACGAAGUUACUUUCCACUUUGAUAACUACUUUAAGAACUACCACCGGUUUCUUCCAAUCUUACCAGACUCAUUAUACAAGGAAGCAAACGUUAACCAAAUAUAUGACGAGAGCAAGUUGUUGUUCUGGUGUAUAGUGUUAACCAGUCAUUUGAACACUGACAACUCCAAGCAAUACUUGAACUUGUCUAAACAUGUUAAGAAGUUGGUGGUGGAAAUGUGUUGGUUAAAUACACCCAGGUCGGUUUAUGUGUUGUGCUCUUUAUUGGUUUUGACUACUUGGCCAAUCCCUUUGUCCCCUAAAGAAAAGAUGAACGAUAAUUUGUCUAUCAAAUAUUUGUCUUUGAUGAGAAAUUUAUCAUUGCAAUUGGGCUUACAUAGAUUGGAGUUCAUCAAUGAGUUUCUGCACAAGACCAACAUGACUAUCACUAAAGAAAUCAAUAUGAACAACUUGAUCAGAGAACGGAUUUACAAGUUCAUAACUGUCAACUCCAAUUACUGGUUGAUCAACUUAGGUUUGUUGCAUUUGAAUUUUAAUGGCUUUCAAGAAGACUAUGUCAUCAAUAAGGCAACGAGUAUGAAUCAAAAUACAGCUGAUAUUUCCGAGGAAGAUAGGUAUAUUAACUCGUUAUUGAAAGUUUCCAUUGUCCAGCAAAGACUACACGAGAAUUUGAAUAACAACAACCAAAUGCAAUCAAAGUUGAUUAGCUUGAACAUGUUUGAAGUGAUUUUGAAUGAUUUGAAAAAAGAUACAUCUGCCAUCAGCAAGGACAAUUUGAUUGAAUUAUCUGUGGAAUACUCAAAGUUACAAUUGUACUUGUAUUCUUUGGACUCUUCUUUGAAGCUCCUGUUGAACGAUUACAGAGUUUUCAUUUAUAAAACUUUAACUUCAUGUUAUAGGGUAAUUGAUUUGUUCACUAAUGAAUUUCCAAACUUAUAUAGCAUCAACCAAUUGCCAAUUCAUUAUAAGUUUAUUGUGGAGCUUGUGUCUUUGAUCUUGGAAAGGAUUUUUUAUACCCCAUUAUUGAAGUCAGUCGAAGACUACGAAAUCUUGAAGUCGAAGUUCAAAACCAUACAUCUUUUGAUUACCAAAAACAACGAAUCGAACUGGAACUUUUUCAACUCCAGGCUCCUCAAAAUCAUUGCCAAGUACAACGAAAUCCUUGGCCAUAAUCUAUUGGGAUUUAUUAAGGAUUCAAAAUCGCUCUACAUUUUAACAAAGUUCAAUACUCACCAAGUUGCUAAUAUGAACUACGAAAUGACUUGGUCAAUUUACUCAUCAACCAAAGGAAAAACUAAUUUUAACGAUUUUAACGAUAGGGAAAUAACCUGGGAUGCUUUCGGUAUUAAGGAUAAACAAUUAAUAGAGUACCUUGAUAAUAUAUCAUUGGUAUAAUGCUAUUCGGAAUAUACAUCAAAACUAAGCCAUAUAAAGAUCUCUAAGCUUUGUAAAUCCACUGACUAUUCAAGUUUUUCUUAAUAACCAUUGGUUUGGUAACGAAGUAUGCCACAAAUAGAACAAAAAUGGUUAUUAUUAGCCUGAACUUUUGAAAAGCUUCUGUCAAGUUGUCAAAACUCAAAGAAGGUUGAACUCUAGUACAAAACAUGUUUCGAGAGUUGAUCAUACAUAUGAUCGAAGUUGAUUCUAAUUUGGUAUCUUUAAGGAGUAUCAAGUUGUUAGAUCCGGUGUCCAACUUGUAUCCAUGAUUCAAUACCAGAUAAUCGUUUCUGGCCACCACUGGUUCAUAUGGGAGCAUCCUGAAGUCAUCUUUAAAGUCAUUUUGGGACAAUUGUCUAUCAUCAAUUCUCCGACUGUUCAAAAUAUAUUUAGGAAGUUCAACCAAAUCACCGUCUUCGGUUAAAGCAAUAAUUGAUUUCAAGGUAAUACCAAAUCUAGUAUAAGUGGACUUCAAAUCAAUAAUACGUUCUGGGUAUAUGAACGAUUUACUCGAAGAAGAUGAAAUAGGAACAGUGAAAUUACCCUUAGUCGGAGCUUCACCAAACAAAUCGACCACCAGAAUUCUUUGUUCGUACUUUGGCUCCGUUACAAAGUAAGAGUAGAUAAUCCAGUUAUCAUCCAAAAUCAAUUUAAUACUUUUGGUGUCAAUGUUAUCACUUUUAAGGUGCUCCUGAACGUAAAUCACAUUUCCAGACUUACCAUCUAUUAAGUACAACUUUAAAAUGCCAUCCUCUUCCGCUAUAACAGCAAUAGAAUUAUCAUUCAAGUAUUUGUACAACACAGAUUUAUCAUGUAAAGCUAUACCCACAGAUCCCGUUUUCGUAUUUGGUUUUAUAGCAAAGUUGAUGAUCUUAUCCUUUGCAAACUUCCAUGUGGGAAUAAGUUUACCAUCCACAUAUUUAUAGCUUUGAAUAGAAUUUUCGACUUGCUUCACAUAGAUAGUACCUUGGGGUAAGUCGACACUGCUAGUGCGGUCAUGAGAGUCGAUUAUUUCACCAUCUCUUGUGCUAACGGUGAUAGCCUUAUCACCAUAAACCAAUGACAUUGUAUCUCCAUUUUCUUCCAAAUCAAGUAAACCAUCUUCUAUAACAGUUUCCCAAACCCCAUCUCCAUUUAAGGAGUCAACAGCAACAAGUUUUGAAU